AUGGAGGAGGAGUCCAGUGGACAGCCGGGCUUGUGCCUGGAAUGGAAACGGCUUAACUACUACGUGCCGGCGCAGGAAGAGAGCAACUAUAGCUUUUGGAAUGAGUGUCGGAAGAAGCGCGAGUUGCGCAUUCUGCAAGAUGUCAGUGGCCACAUGAAGACUGGCGACCUCAUCGCUAUACUUGGCGGGUCGGGUGCUGGCAAAACCACGCUAUUGGCCGCUAUUUCGCAACGCCUGCGUGGUAACCUAACCGGUGAUGUGGUUUUAAACGGCAUGGUUAUGGAAAGGCAUCAGAUGACACGCAUCUCGAGCUUUUUGCCACAGUUUGAAAUCAAUGUUAAAACAUUUACGGCCUACGAACAUUUGUAUUUUAUGUCCCAUUUUAAAAUGCAUCGCAGUACGACGAAAUCAGAGAAACGCCAGCGCGUCAGUGACCUCUUAUUGGCGGUGGGAUUACGAGAUUCCGCCCACACACGCAUUCAGCAGUUAUCGGGCGGAGAGCGAAAGCGACUAAGUCUAGCCGAGGAGCUAAUUACAGAUCCAAUUUUUUUGUUUUGUGACGAGCCCACUACAGGAUUGGACAGCUUCAGCGCCUACACAGUGAUCAAAACGUUGCGUCAUUUGUGUACGCGCCGACGUAUAGCGAAGCAUUCGUUGACUCAGGUGUAUGGAGAGGACUCCUACUCCACACCCAGCGAUGAGAGUAUUAGCAACUCCUUUGAAAUGGAAGUUGUCGAUCAAUCACAUGAGAGUUUGCUCAGCUCGUGGAAAGAGUUGCCCACGCUGAACAUCCUAAAUAAUAGCCCUAAUGGCACGCAAAAAAAGGCAGCCAUAUGUUCCAUACAUCAGCCAACUUCUGAUAUUUUUGAGCUCUUCACACACAUAAUACUCAUGGAUGCCGGUCGCAUUGUAUAUCAGGGACGUACCGAGAAGGCGGCCAAGUUCUUUACAGAUCUGGGGUAUACACUGCCGCUGAACUGCAAUCCUGCAGACUUUUAUCUGAAGACACUAGCGGAUAGUCACAGCUCAGAAAAUGCGGGAGCGGUGCUGCGAGCCAAGUACGAGCACGAAACUGAUGGCCUGUACAGCGGUAGUUGGUUACUGGCCCGGAGCUACAGUGGGGAUUACCUGAAACAUGUGCAUAACUUCAAGAAGAUACGCUGGAUAUAUCAGGUGUAUCUGCUGAUAAUACGCUUCAUGACUGAAGAUUUGCGCAACAUAAAGGAUGCGCUCAUUGCUUUUGGAUUUUUUAUGAUCACCGCAGUAACGCUCUCCCUUAUGUACUCUGGAAUUGGCGGGCUGACUCAACGCACGGUUCAGGAUGUUGGUGGUUCGAUCUUUAUGUUAAGCAACGAGAUGAUUUUUACAUUUUCUUAUGGCGUCACUUACAUCUUUCCCGCCUCUUUGCCCAUUAUACGUCGAGAGGUGGGCGAGGGCACCUACAGCCUGUCGGCCUAUUAUGUGGCCUUGGUGUUGUCGUUUGUGCCAGUGGCCUUCUGCAAGGCCUAUAUAUUUCUUUCAGUUAUUUAUGCUUCUAUUUAUUACACUCGCGGUUUCGUGCUCUACAUCACCAUGGGCUUUCUUAUGGGUUUAUCGGCGACUGCUGCCGUUGGCUAUGGUGUAUUCCUCUCCAGCUUGUUUGAGACGGACAAAAUGGCUUCGGAGUGUGCGGCGCCAUUCGAUUUGAUUUUUCUCAUAUUUGGAGGCACUUAUAUGAAUGUAGACUCAGUACCUUUGCUGAAGUAUUUCUCAUUGUUCUUCUACUCGAACGAGGCACUGAUGUACAAUUUUUGGAUUGACAUUGACAAUAUCGAUUGCCCGGACAACGAUGAACACCCGUGUGUCAAAACAGGCCUAGAGGUACUGCAGCAGGGCUCCUAUCGUACUGCUGAUUAUACAUAUUGGCUAGAUUGUGUUAGUUUGCUGAUCGUUGCUUUGGUCUUCCACAUCGUCUCCUUUAGGCUGGUGCGGCGAUAUAUUAACCGCAGUGGUUACUAUUAAAUAAGUAUGGACAUUUGCUAUUUCAAUUUUUAUUUUUACAAGUUUAUAAUGUUUUCAUUAGUGCGUAUUCAAUUUGAAGUUCUUGGCCCAUUUUACACAUAUGUAAUAUGUAACUAGUUAAAUAUUUGUAACUUUAAGCACAAUUUGUUUCUCGUUCUUUAGAUUCUAACU